AUGAUUCUGAUUCUGAUUCUAAUUCUGAAAUGUAGAGAGAAUAUCUUUGUUCCAGGUAGCUCCGACAGGAAAAAUCUGAACAAGCUUGAUUCGAUUGCACCUACAGUCAUGAUGCCUUCAGAAAAGUGUUCAAAUGAACAACCUGGUGUACACGCGCCCAUCUACUACAGCCCCAACAGAGGUGAGAUUUAUGCUUUCAAGCCUGAGGGUGGCAUGCAGAUGAGCAACAGUGAUCUGAGUUAUAAGAGUUUCAUUGGAUCCGCUUCAGAUUCCCCAAAGCCUGGUCCUUCCUUUGUCCAGUGCCAUGCAUUGCCUGGAGAUGGGAAUCAAUAUUAUGCCCCUGCCGAUCUGGUACUCAAAGCUGCUACUGGAAACCUGUCAGCAUAUCAGUUCUGUGCUCCCACCAUCAGCCUGCAACAGGGUGUAGCGAUGGCGAGCUCACCAGGCCCUCUGCACGGCUCUCAGCAACUUGGAGAGGAGGCCUCACGCAAGAGGGAGCUCCGCUUGUUGAAGAACAGAGAAGCUGCACGAGAAUGUCGCCGGAAGAAGAAAGAGUAUGUCAAAUGUCUUGAGAAUUGUGUUGCCAUGCUUGAAAAUCAAAACAAGACACUCAUCGAAAAGCUCAAGGCCUUAAAAGACUUAUACUGUCACAAAACUGAAUAA